GAGGAGGAAGAGGAGCAGAGAGCAGCAGAGACGACAGAUGAAGAAAGGAGUGUGGAGCCAUCAGCAGGUUAACGUACAGAUCAGGUCAUUAAAGAGUUAACGAGGAAGAGGAGGAGGAGGAAGAGGAGAGCGUUUGAAAGAUGGAGACUGACGAGAAUCUGGUCAACGUUUUUCUGGUGCUGCUCAUCGGAUCUCACCUCACCGUGGUGGGUCCUUCUGCCCCUGAGGAAGGCUGGCAGGUGUACAGUUCAGCUCAGGACUCUGAAGGUCGAUGUGUCUGUACGGUGGUCGCUCCCCAGCAGACGGUCUGCUCCAGAGAUGCCCGAACCAAACAGCUCCGACAGCUUCUGGAGAAGGUUCAGAACAUGAGUCAGUCCAUCGAAGUUCUGGACCAGCGAACUCAGAGAGAUCUGCAGUUUGUGGAGAGGAUGGAAGUUCAACUGAAAGGUCUUGAAAACAAAUUCAAACAGGUGGAAGAUGGACAUGAGAGCAACAUCGCCAGACAGUACAAGUCCAUCAAAGCAAAGAUGGAGGAGUUACGACCUCUGAUCCCAGUCCUGGAGGCCUACAAGGCGGACGCUCUGCUGGUCCGACAGUUUAAGGAGGAGGCGGCGAAUGUGACAGAGCUGCUGGGAUCACUGCAGGAGCAGCUGGGAGGUCUGGACUACCAGGAGCUCCACAGCCGAGUGAUGAACUUGGAGGACCGGCUGAGGGCCUGCAUGCAGAGGCUGGCAUGUGGAAAACUGACGGGAAUCUCUGAGCCAAUCACCAUGAAGACGUCUGGAUCCAGGUUUGGAUCGUGGAUGACUGACCCACUCGCUCCAGCUGGGGACAACAGAGUGUGGUACAUGGAUGGUUACCAUAACAACCGCUUUGUCAGAGAGUAUCAGUCAAUGUAUGACUUCAUGACGACAGAUAACUUCACGUCUCACCGCCUGCCUCAUCCUUGGUCUGGGACCGGUCAGGUGGUUUAUAAUGGAUCCAUUUACUUCAACAAGUUCCAGAGUCACACCAUCAUCAAGUUUGAUUUCAGCACGUCGCUCAUCAGCCGCUCCCGACAGCUGGACUUUGCAGGGUAUAACAACAUGUAUCAUUACUCCUGGGGGGGGCACUCAGACAUCGACCUCAUGGUGGACGAGGGGGGGCUUUGGGCCGUCUAUGCCACCAAUCAGAAUGCUGGAAACAUCGUCCUCAGCCAGUUAAACCCAAACACUCUGCAGAUCAUCCGCAGCUGGACCACCAACCACCCCAAACGUAGUGCUGGUGAGGCCUUCAUGAUCUGUGGGACACUGUACGUGACUAAUGGGUACUCAGGUGGAACCAAAGUUUACUACGCCUAUUCCACCAACUCCUCCACCUACGAGUACAUCGACAUUCCUCUGACCAAUAAAUACAGUCACCUGUCCAUGCUCGACUACAACCCCCGAGACAGAGCGCUGUACGCCUGGAACAACGGCCAUCAAGUCCUUUACAACGUGACACUCUACCACAUCAUACAAUAAACACACACCAACGAGUCAGUAUGAGUCCUUCACAAUGUCACACUGUACCACAUCAUACAAUAAACACAUACUGAGUCAAUAUGAAUCCUUGUUAACUUCACAGUCUACCACAUCAUACAACAAAUAAACACCAAUGACUCAGCACGAUUCCUUUACAACGUGACACACUACCAUGUCAUACAAUAAACAAAUGAGUCAGUAUGAGUCCUUUACAACAUAACACUCUACCACAUCAUACAAUUAUUAUACAGUAACACACUGUCAAGUGUCGAGACAGAGCAUUGUACACCUGGAACAACGUCCACCAAGUCUUUUCUAAAUGACACUGUUUUUUGUGUUUUUUUUUUACAGCAGGUCGAAUACUAACAGAUAAACAGAGUGAUAAAAGUUUUCUGUCAUAAAUGCUUAUGUUCUCUGAUGUGCAGAAUUAGAGGAGAAGGGAGUUUUCAGGUUCAUCUUUGUGCCUCCAGGACAGAGAGAUGUAUGCUGGCCUAGCUUAGCACAAAGACCAGAAUCAAGAGGAAGCUGUUAGUUUAGCUCCAUCAAAAGAAAAUCCCCUUUCCAAGAAAACCAGGUCUAAGACUGAUGGGUGUGUUUAAACAGUCUUACUCCCAGUUCAGGACUUUUGGGAUGCUUAGUUCAGUCACUGCACCAAGUGUUGUUGAUCAACGGUAACUGCUGCUCAUGUGUUAUUUUUACAUUUCUAUUUGUGCACACGUGUAAGAAACUGCAUACGACAUAUAAACAUGGAAAUUAGAAAAAGUAAAGGUUAAAGUUUUGUUGGUGUUUUUAUUUCUGCUUUCAGUGUUUGUGCUAAGCUAAGCUAACCCCUUACCCCUGGUCCCAGUCUUUAAGCUAAGCUAACAGUUUCCCCCUUGCUCCCAGUGUUUGUGCUAAGCUAAGCUGGCAGUUUUCCGUGCUCCCAGUGUUUGUGCUGAGCUAGGCUAAAGAUGUCGCGGACCUUUCUAUGUACUGGAGCAUUUUCAGAUUGUUGGACUGUUAAAUUAGACGUGUUCGUUUGUACAUUACGUUGAUAUAACGUUACAUUUUGGUGACCUGUUGUUUUUUGGGUAACGACCAAAGUAUUUGACAUGAAUGCACUUGAAAUGUGAAGAAAACACUGAAACAAUGACAAAGAAAACAAACGUGGUCUUUGACAAUAAGAGACACUGAAAUGUUUUGAUGAAUUGAUGUUGACACUAAAGAAUGCUUCAUGUUUUUUAUGAUGAGAUUUCUUUUUUCCUGUGGGUGACAUUUUCUGGUUUUAUGAAGUCAGAGCCACCAUUGCUACUCUGAAGUAAUAAUAAUAACAAUAAUAAUAAUAAUAAUAAUAAUGAUAAUGGUAAUGAUAAUAAUGAUAGUAGUGUUUUCUUACUGUUGUGUAUUAUACAGUGAUAUAAAAUAUUUAUUACAACCUCUCUUUUCCAGCAAUUCUCAGAGUUUUUAAAUCAGUUGUCACAGGUUGCGUCAGAUGACCUUGACAUCUGGAAUCACAUCAUGCUGAAAGUAUUCUGGGAGAUUCUGUCCUGCUAUCACACACCUGGUCCUCCUCAGCUCAGAGUGAAUACUGAAGUCGUGUCCAAUCAUUGAGUGGAAACUGCAACAUCCACGUGUAGACGACAUUUCAUGGACUCUGCUGUGUGUUGAUUCAUUUGUUGAAGAUCUGGAUUGGUGUCCUCACAGUUAGUCACUAAAUAUGUGUCAAAGUCACAUGAACUCACACAACUCUCAACUCUGUUAGUUUGUUCAUGAUGAAGCAGAAAUCUUCAGUGCCAAGAAUCCUCUGAACCUCUUAAUCUUCAGCUCAGGAGCCUCCAUCACCAACAGUGUCGUCAUGCAGGUCAAUGUGUCUACCUGUAGGUCAGUGUUGAGGACACAGGACUGAUGCGUCAGACUGGGCGGAUUGUGUUUGAGUAAUUAAUGGAUGUAAACAUGUAAGAAAUGAAAAUAAUGGGUGUCUGUAGGUCCAUGUUUAAGAAUCGUCCUGCUGAGUGGGUCCCUAGUGUUUCUGGUGUCCCUGGGAUACUUGGUGUCCCUGGUGUGUCUGGUGUUGCUAGUGUCUCUGGGAUCCCUGGUGUUCCUGGGAUCCCUGGUGUGUCUGGUGUCAGUAGUGUCCCUGGGAUCCGUGGUGUGCCUAGUGGUCCUGAUGUACCUGGUGUUCCUGGGAUUCCUGGUGUUCAUGGUGUCCCUGGUGUGUCUGUUGUCCCUGGUGUCUGUGGGAUCCCUGGUGGUCCUGGUGUCUCUGGAGACACUGUAUUUAAAUGUGUGGGUGGGACGAGUGUCACUUUCAGGUCAGUGAGUGUGUGUGUGAGAAAUUUAGAGGACUUCAGUAUUUACUUGUUGUCCAUUGGUCCUGAUGUUGUCAUCAUCUUUUAUAAAUACAUUUGAGUGAUCUGUGAAAACUGAAUGUGUUUGAUUUUAGGAUGAUGUUCAGACGAGAAACAGUGUAAAUCAUUCGGUGACUUAUUUGAGAGCAAUGUUGUCAAUUUUAAAAACAGCAUUUUUAAUCGCUUCAUACUUAUUUUUGUUGAGUUGUAAUUUUUGAGAUUCAGACUGUGUUUGACGUCUUUGUUUUUAACUGUCCCUAACCCCAUAAUCUCCUUACCCCCUAACCCUAACUCCUGACCUGUAAUCUAAGCUUUUUACCUUUACCUCCUAAGUCCUGAGUCUGAUGAGAUGUUGGAUGUGGUAGAAACAGAAGUGGUUCAUUAUUUAAGUGCAUGAUAUAAAAACGUAAAAGGAUCACUUGGUUUUGGUGAGCUGUGGCCUUAACAGCUGAUGUGUUUGGGUUUCAUCACACAACCAUGAUGUAAUCAUUUUAUUUUACAAAGGUAACAUGAACUUGACAGUGUAUGGCUUGUCUUUGUGUUUGUUUCCAGGACCAGGAUGUUGGUGUGGGCCUUACUAUGCUUUAAUGUGUUUUGAAAAACUCAUCAUAUUUUAAAGUGUAUUUCUUGAGUGUCUUGUAACAAUAAAGGUGAAAUGAUUACAAAGAAAAA